AUGGGUCGAGGAGUAGAAUCUGAACUGAGGAGAUGGAGGGAACGUGCAUCUGCAGGAAAAGUUAAGCAGAAGAGGGACUGGCAACUUCACAUCCGUUAUGUUCAGGUUCGUGACAACGGCGUGUACGAAUGUCAAGUGUCAUCUCACCCUCCCGUCAGCCUCUUCUCCACUCUUCACGUCCUGGAGGCGUCGGCAGAGAUCUUGGGAGGUCCUGAGAAAUACAUGACUGUGGGAAGCUCCUUGAGACUGGUGUGUGUGUUAAGAGACAACACCCAGCCUCCUACCUACGUCUUCUGGUACCAUGACGACCAGAUGAUUAACUACCACCUGACAAGGGAGGUACGAGUGGAGACCAGUGGUGGUGUGAGUGUCUUGUCCCUUGACAAUGUUAGGCCAUCAGACUCAGGAAACUACACAUGUUCCCCGUCCAACACCCAGCCAGCACACAUCUCUAUACACGUGUUGAAGGGAGGGGAGACUCCGGCAGCCAUACACUCUCUAGCAGAGAUGAUCCAACCCUCAACACUGCUAGUGUUACUGACGUUCACCUCAACACUGCUCACACCCACAACACUCUGUAACAAGUUUCAGAUCUUUAAGAGAGGCGAGCAAGGGUGUGCAGUGACGUAGGCGAGUAGCAGGCGACCGUGGUGAUGAGGGCGGCAGCAAGAGCAGGCAACAGUUGUGGUGAGGGAAGCUGUAUGUGGCAGACAGCAACAGCAGUGACAGUGGUGGUGAUGGAGGCUGUGUGUGGCAGACAGUAGGAGCAGUGACAGUGGUGGUGAUGGAGGCUGUGUGUGGCAGACAGCAGCAGCAGUGACAGUGAUGGUGAUGGAGGCUGUGUGGCAGACAGCAGCAGCAGUGACAGUGAUGGUGAUGGAGGCUGUGUGAGGCACACAGCAGCAGCAGUGACAGUGGUGGUGAUGGAGGCUGAGUGGCAGAUAGCAGCAGCAGUGACAGUAGUGGUGAUGGAGGCUGUGUGUGGCAGGCAACAGCACUCUUCUAUAUAUUGUAACGAACUAAUAAGCACUGUCAACAACUAUAAAAACAUUGACACAAGAAGUCUAAUGUGGAAGUUGAAUGUUGACUGGAAGAUAGACUGACUUGCUGAGGCAGUGUAAGAUGACUGGUCGUCCAUCUGCUCGACCAGUUGUCUGAUCCAGUGAUGUUGAAUUAGAGGCAUAUUUGCUUCUUGCAAACCUUGAAGGUCAGAAUAAGUGACCGAUUGACAGGCAUUCUGAGAUGACCGGUCGACCAGCUGCUCGACCAGUUGUCUGAUCCAGUGACCAGCUGACAGGCAUUCUGAAUGACACUUGUCUCGCCAGCUGGCCCUCUUGCCGGCCGGUUGUCUGGCUUACUUAGUUCCUAGAUGGCUGGGUGACUAUCCUCACGAUAUUGUCAAUAGACACAUAAAAAAAUUAAACUGUGGCUGGAUACACAGACAAUAAUAGAGAUUUACCUUAUGAUGAAAUUCAGAAGUGAAAGUUCUGUUCA